AUGGCCGAUAUUAUUGCAAUCUUCAACAGAUGGACGAAGUUAGGGUUGUCUGCUUUUUUAGAUCUUCCGGCGAGGGGCAGGCUGUCCUCCUCUUUGGAUGGAUCUUCAUCUUCAUUAGGAGAGCCUAUACGACACAAUGCCUUAGAUGACUUUGAGAGGAUAAAGCGAAUGUUGCCGAGGAUCAAAGCAGUGCUUGAAGAUGCAGAGGAAAGGGACAUACAAGACAAAUCAUUGAAGUUAAGGCUUUCAGAGCUGAGGAAUCUGGCUUAUGAUAUUGAUGAUAUGAUCGAUGAGUAUGAGUAUGAUGUGUCAAUAGCCCAGAUGGAAGCCAGAGCUGCAGAAGAGCCCUACCACUGUGGCAAGGGAAAUGAGGGCGAUGAUGAACAUCAUGAUGAUGUCGAGAAGAGGGACGGUCGUAAUAUAUUAGCAUCUUCAUCAUUUCAAGUUCCUGCAAUUUCUGAUGGCAUGGCUCAAAAGCUAAGAGAGAUUCAUGAAAGAUUUGAUGAGAUUGAAAAAGAUCGAAAGGCACUCCAUUUAAGAGAUGAAGAUGGGGUGAGGCAAACCAUUGGUGCACAAAAUCCCCCGCCUACUAGCUCUCUUGUCAAUGAAUUGGGUAUAAUUAGGAGAGAAAGUGAGAAAGAGAAGAUAGUGAAACUAUUACUCUCGGACUUGGAGUCCGGUAGCGACAUCCGAUCUAGCAAUAAAAUUUCAAUCAUUCCUAUAGUCGGCAUGGGGGGUUUGGGCAAGACAACGCUAGCCCAACUCGUCUAUAAUGAUCAUAGAAUUCAUCAGUACUUUAAUCUCCGUAUAUGGAUAUAUGUUUCUGAGGAUUUUGAUCUUGUGAAAUUAACUAAAGAGAUAUACAAAUCCAUAACUAACAAACCAUGUGAGGAGGAUGUUGGAUUCGACUAUCUUCAAGAUUCUAUAAAGAAAGAACUCAUGAAAUUUAAAAGAACAUUUUUGGUGUUGGAUGAUGUGUGGAAUGAGAAGCAAUUUCUAUGGGAGUCCCUCCAAGUCCCCUUUCAUGGUGCAGGCAUUGUGAAUAUUUUGUUGACAACACGAAAUGAAAAGGUUGCAAAUCUCAUGCGGAAUAUGAACUCCUUUCAUUUGGACUUACUUUCCAAAGAUGAAGGUUUGCAAUUGUUCCGACGAUGUGCUUCAUAUCAUGAUGAGAAUCUAAUGAAGAUUGGUCAGAGAAUUGUAAACAAGUGUGGUGGACUACCUUUGGCUAUAAAACUAAUUGGAAGCCAUCUCAAAUUCGAAAGAGAUGAAGCCAAGUGGAUGGGCAUCUUAGAAAGUGAGCUUUGGGACUUGGAUCUAGGGACAAAUGAGAUAUUUCCUGCUCUUAAACUAAGUUAUCAAAGGAUGCAGUUCACUUGA